CUGCAGCAAGCUGCCCGGGCGACAUCCACCCGCCCCGUGCGCUGCUGCGCGCGCGCACGCCCCUGCGCGCCCCGGAGGGACCCCAUGGAGCUGCGGGCGCCCAACGCCAGCUGCGAGAAUGGUUCCCUGCUCAGCCUCUACUGUUCAUCCCAGCAAGUCCUGUGCCAGGUGGUCCGCCACCUCGACCCUGAGCCGCCCGUUAACGCCACGGCCCCCCGCUGGCAGGAACGCUUCUGGAAGAGCUACAGCUUCUACGUGGGGCUGGGCCUCGCCCUCCUCUCCAGCUUCCUCAUCGGCAGCAGCGUCAUCCUCAAGAAGAAGGGGCUGCAGCGGCUGGUGGCCACUGGCGCCACGCGGGCAGUGGACGGCGGCUACGGCUACCUGAAGGACACCAUGUGGUGGGCCGGCUUCCUCACCAUGGCCGCCGGGGAAGUCGCCAACUUCGGCGCGUACGCGUUUGCGCCGGCCACGGUCAUCACGCCGCUGGGCGCGCUGAGUGUCCUCAUCAGUGCCAUCCUCUCCUCCUACUUCCUGGGCGAGUGUCUGAACCUCCUGGGGAAGCUGGGCUGUGUCAUCUGCGUGGCCGGCAGCACCGUGAUGGUCAUCCACGCGCCCUCCGAGGAGAAGAUCACCACCGUGGUCCAGAUGGCGUCUAAGAUGAAGGACACAGGUUACAUCGUGUUCUCCGUGCUUCUGGUGGUCUUCUGCCUAAUCCUCAUCUUCGUGGUGGCCCCCCGCUACGGGCAGAGGAACAUCCUGGUGUACAUUGUCAUCUGCUCGGUCAUCGGCGCCUUCUCGGUGACGGCCGUCAAGGGCCUGGGCAUCACCAUCAAGAACUUCUUCCAGGGGCUGCCUGUGGUGCGCCACCCGCUGCCCUACGUACUGUCCCUCAUCCUGGCGCUGUCACUCAGCACGCAGGUGAACUUUCUCAACCGGGCGCUGGACGUGUUCAACACCUCACUGGUCUUCCCCAUCUACUACGUCAUCUUCACCUCCGUGGUGGUCACCUCCUCCAUGGUCCUCUUUAAGGAGUGGCACAGCAUGUCCGCUGUGGACGUGGUGGGCACGCUGGCCGGCUUCGUCACCAUCAUCCUGGGGGUGUUCAUGCUCCACGCCUUCCGGGACCUGGACGUGGGCCGUGCCCAGCUGCCCCAUAUGCACAAAGCGCCCGCCCCAGCGUCCCCAGCUGACGCCUCUGCCACUGCUGUUGCCGCCGUCGGGGCCCUGACGGAGCCCACCGCCCCGCGGCUGGAGGACAAGAACGUGCUGGUGGACAAUAUCGAGCUGGCCAGCAUUGCCUCAUCACAGGGGAAGCUCCAGGAGCUUACAAUCCAUUCUUAG